UUUUGCCGGUGACAGACACGCUCCGCCCCGCCACAGCUCUGAGAGGAUGUCGGGAGUGGGAAUCGUCCGGAGGGGUCGCCGAGUGGUGGGGCUUCUAGUCGGGCGUUUACAGGAGGGGUUUUACUUCCAGCUGCUCGCCCCCUUCCUUUAAUGCUUUUUUUAAAAUUUUUUUUUACGCUCUUUAGUUUCGCUAUGGUUCAAGGGAAGGGCCGCCUCGUUCCGUAUCGAAAGCCCAACGCCAAGCAAUAUGUUCGGCUUUGGAGGAGAAGUAGCGACACUGCGGGACAUUGUUGACUGGAUGCAUCCGUCUGGAGCGCGGCUGCUGCUCCCAAUUUAAACAUAUUUUUCCUUUCCGCACGUUUUACUUUCAUUCCUAGACUAUCUCUAUACGUCGUCCGCAAAUAUAUAGACGCUGAAAGACAUAAUACAAAUAUCGACACUAUUUCACGAAACUUGGUUACAAGUUGCUAUGGGCUAACCCAGCUAGCAUCUUCGACUCCAGACCAACAAGAGGACCAUUUACUGGCUUUCAAACCAACUGUUGUGAGUCCACGCUCCUUAAUGUCUCCAUUGGCAUCUAAUGGAAGGUAAAGCAUCGACCAGGUCUGCCAUGGUUUCAAGACUGCCCAAGUUUGGUGGGCGCUCUGCCAAUGGUGGUACUGGACCCUUAACCAAUGGUUCACCUACCCAGGACGCCAAGACGGCUCCUGCUGGAACACGUCCAAAUGGUGCAAUUAGAACCUCUCCUUUUUCCUUGAAAUGGAGGAGAGAUGAAGGGACAGUUCCCUCCAGCCUUACUACUCCAAGCACCCCUGUGGAAGGAGGUAGGGACAAGUCAAGACAACCUCCCUCAAUGGCAAAGGAGGGAAAGACUUCCUCCCCUGGGACGCCUAUAAUGCGGAGGUCAGGAGCGUUGGUUGUGGCUACCUCAACCCCAAAAUCCUUAAAAUUGGCUCCUAAAGACGGCAUCAAGCUAGGUCAAAGCUCUCUUAACGGAGCACCUAAAAUAGACCACAGUGACAAAGAGUCCCGCCUUGUACAGCCCAAGUUAUCUUCCGACUCGCUCAAAAGCAGUUCCCAAGACUGCCUUUCCCAGUCAAACGAAAGCCUGAAGUCCCUGGAACUCGACAAGAUGGUACGCUCAAACAGUUUCACGCAUUUCAAGCAGAUUCCGUCUCCCAACAGUCAGCCCAUGAUACGUUCCUUCUCAUUUAACCGGGCUGUAGAACUGGCCAAACCUCUGGCCAACACUCAACUUCGACCACCACGGAGUAGUUUCCUCAAACCCCCUCAGCUUAGCAAUGGACGAUUAAGUUUAGGAUUCGGGACGCUGCGUGUUGGCCGUGGAGGGUCGGGGUCUUCUGGUGGUGGGACAGGAGGAGUUCAGUACGGCAGAACACCGCAAGCUGCCUCCUCACUAUCCACAGUGUCAGCUCCCACCACUCCCAGUGCGUUGAAAAAGCCGCUGCUCUCCACCUGUGGUUUGAACAAGUUAUUGGGAAAUAGUGGAUCUUUGGGCUUCAGGCAGGCAAAACCUGCACAGGUCAAGCAGCAAAGGACGAUACUUCCAAGUUGGGUUAAAGGAGUCGUCAAACCUUCAUCUGCCGCUCCACAUGGAGAUGUUGAACCCAUAGAAAAGAGCGAGGAAGCCGACCGUCACAAUAACUUUGCUCAAAGUCCUACCGAUGGAGUCGAAAAUGAAGAAAGCAGUGUACUUCAGCAAAGAUCAAAUCAGGGCGUAGGGGAUGCUCAGGAAGACAUGUCCUUGUCUUCUGUUUCAUCCCUAGACAGAGAUAACACCAGCGAAGAGUUUCUAGAUGACUUGGACAGUGUAGGGGAUGUUUUCAGUGAUGGGGACUCUCAUGACAACAAAAAGUUAAAUAGCUUACUCAAUGAGACCAGUGACUGGGAUCUGUCAGGCCACGAUGAAGAAAGCCCUAUGCAAGACUCUCAGGGUGAGCUUGUGAAGUCUCCAGAGGAAAGCGACGUCUGCCAGGCAUCAUCUUUAGAGCUGUCACCCUCCAACAGCUCUGGAGGAACUUACAUGUGGGACGAAGAAGGUCUUGAACCACUUGGAGGGCCUGGGACAUAUCCGUGUGAUCUUUACGACGACGACGAACUCAACCACAUAGAUAUCCUGAACACUUUGCACGGCUCCGGGCCGGACGAUGUGAAUGAUGAUGACCUCAUGCUGGAUGUAGGCCGCCCAGACGUUGGUUUGCAUGACAUGGACAGAAUGUCCAAUGGUGAAAGCGCGCCCCGUCGACCAGGACAACGGCGUGGGCAUCACCGCUGGAACAGACCCGACCACUUCACGAAUGAUAGCAGGGCACCGUUCUUCCAUCACUAUGGCCUCAAGUCUUCGAGAAUGUCUUUACAGGCCGUUCCCUCCGAAACCAGGCGACUUGGCCACGCACCUGUGCCUGAUGAGCUCUCGCUGGACCAUAUGAGCCAAGACUGUACCUCGGUCAAGAACCAGCUGCUCAGGCUGAAAAACCUACUGCAGCUUGAGGAUACGGACUCGCCAGAAGAUGUUGCGGCUGAAAUUGAAAGCAAUACCAAUACUGCAUCCCAGUUUGAGGAGCUGUUGCAGGAGGUGCACAUGCUCCGAGAAGAACUUGGGAAUCGAGACAAGACAAUUGUUCAGCUCACUCUGCAGUGUCAGCAGCUCCAACAACAUCAGCGAGAACAAUUGCUUGCUCAAGAACAUCAUUUGCGCUGCAAGUGCCAGCAGCAGAGGGCGCCCUCGGCACUGCGACAGCCGGGAGAUAAGCGACUGCAGCACCUGUGUGACAAGGCCACCCAGACCCACUGGAGAUCCCCCAGCCACUCUCUUCAAAUACCUUUCAACCUCAGCGAGCGUUUCCGCCCGGCAAGACCAGUAAAAGCUCUCCCCACCGAGGGCCACAGUGACCCUACGAGAGGUUCGGGAGCCUCGAUUGAUGCCGACGCUCCUCUCGACGGCCUCGCGUCAAAUGCGUCAGCCCCGGCGGACCCGUCGGAGCCGAGUCACCGCCGCGUUAUUCAGUGUUCAAGCUCAGGGGUCCAGUGUGAGCGGCAGGGCCCCGCGGCUACGUCGCACCAUUCGGUCGCUCCCGCGUCCGCUUAUCGCGAGGGCACGUCACUUCCCGCUAUCAAGCCGCUCAGACAGUUGUCCUCCUUGAAGCCUUCGGCCUGCAGGGGUAGGCAGCUGCCCCCUCCGUCCAGAGGCCUUCCUUGCUUUAACAACGGCCCCCAGCAGCAAAUUCCCGGCGCGUGUCGCACCUCGCCGCUUCAACCUCACAGGAUCUCCGAGCCCCACGGCGUCCCUCACGGCCGCGCAAACCCAGAGAACGCCGACCGGGGAUCACCCAAGGAGCCGACCAAGAUGAUGGGCGCUUCGGGUCGCUCGUGUCUCCCCAAGCCAAAGAUUCCCUGAGGAGCGACAUCCCACGCGUCAAACCAAAAUAGAAGAGGCUGCAACACUGUUGACGACUCACGGCUGCCUAUUUAGACUACGCAGCAACAUGAACAACAAGACUCUGCAGACUGUAAGUCUGGAAAUGUCACUUUUAUCAGCGUUUAGCACACGUGAGGGCAAAGUGUGGUUCUGUUCAUGUAUUUAUUCAUCUUUUUAUUCAAUUAUAUCUAACUAAUUGUUGUAAAUAUGCAAAAAAUCUCAGUAAAAUAAAAAAUACAUAUACAUAUGUAUUUAAUUUAUUAUUAAAUUACAGUAUUUGAAGGGGACAGGGACGAGCCCUGCCUGGAAUAGUGAAAGACACAAAUGACACACAAUAAUUAAAACCAUACAUGUAGCAUAAACUUGGUUCUGAAACACUAAUAUAGAUGUAUCAAUUACUUCAUUGAACAAAGUACUGUAUUACCUUUAUAAUUAGCUUGGGCUUCAGCAGCAUGUUGUGAAAUCUAGAAGUGUUAUGGAAACUGCAAAAAUUAAAAUAGCUGACUUUUUCUGUCAAUAGCUGAAGAUAGUUUUCACAGAAACAAAAACCACAAAGGGUGCAUUUUGAGAAUAGAGAACUGAAAUUUGGCUGUAUUUAUAAAUCUGUUUUUGAAAUGAAAUGUGGGUCUUCGGAACAAUGUUUUGCCUAUCCCUGGUUUCGCAGGUGCCAUUGUCCAAUUCGCAGAAGUCGCUUUUAGUUCCCUCAGCUGUCUAACUUAGUCGCUCGGUUCACGGCGAAACAAGGUCGCUUGCCGUCACACGGCCGUGCCCUACAAUCCACGGCGGCGCGCCGUCGUAAAGACGGCGCAGACGCGACCUUUCCAGCGUAGCUGAAGGGCCCCGGGAGGUGGAGCAUGAAGGCUAAAAACAAAGUUGUGCUAGGGAAAGUGAGUCAUGGCAGAAAAGGUGGAUUAGGUGUGAGACAAAGCUGUCUUGCAAAAAGAAAGUAAUGUGUGUCUGCACCAGUGUGUGCGCCGAGUGGGAGACAGCAGCAAUAUAAAGUCACUAAUGAGAUCCAAUACAAGACCUGCUCUGCUUUACAAAGACAUCCAUCCAUUUUGUAGAACGCUCGUCCUCAGGAUGGCGUGUGAGCUGGCCCCUAUCCCAGCUGACACCCUGGAGUGGGUGCCAGUCAAUCGCAAGGCACAAACGAACAGCAAUUCCCACUCACACCAGUGGGAAGCUCUUUUGAGUUAUUCAUUGUCCUUGAUAUCUAUUGAUGCUAGUCUACUAGUCUAGUCAUACAGUAGUGGAAGGCACUUGUGGUUUUUCACUGCUGCCUUCCACUAGUAGUCCACAGCAUGAUCUUAACUACCGUAAUUCCCGGUCUACAGAGCGCACCGGAUUAUAAGCCUCACCCAGUACAUUUGUAAAGGAAAUACCAUUUGGUACAUACAUAAGCCACACCUGUGUAAAAGCCGCAAGUGCCCACAUUGAAACACGAGAUAUUUACAAAGAAAGACUGUACACAAGAGUUUUCAACGUUUGAGUACCUUAGUUUAUCUUAACAAACUGCAACAACACAGUAGCGUGAACAGGGCUGGUUAAAAAAACAAAAAAAAAAAACAGCUGCGGCAGCUACACAGUAGCACCAACAGAGCUGGUUAAAAAAGAAAAGAACAUACCUAAAUCACUGAGAUGCAGCAGUAACACAGCAGAAACAUGCUAGCGUGGCGCUGACAGGGCCGUCAAAAAAAAAAAACAACAACAACACAACAUACCGGUAAAAGUCACUUACUUGGCACAUAUAUUCCACUGGUCUCUUACUUUUUCCGUUCGUGUGCUCCUUUUCGACCGUUAGAAAAACUACACAAAUUACCAGUGCAUAAACCUCAGGGUUGAAAGCGUAUGAAAAAAGUUGCAGCUUAUAGGCUGGAAAUUAAGGUAGUAAAACCCAAUCGUUCUACUAGUGCGGCCUAAUCAUUCUACUAGCAUGCUUUUGAAAUAAUCUACUAGUGAGGACGACGUGCUUACUCAAAGUGAACCUUAAGCCGGAUAUCAAGGAUAAUUGAAUAAAUGCUCAAACUGCUUUCUUUAUGUAAUUUGUGUGCGCAGGUGUGCCUAACAUUUCGGGUUUCUAGCGUCCUGACAAACAGUUUACAAAUGAGUAAUUUGCAAAAUAAAAAUCAGCUUUCGGGCCUUCAUUAUGAUGUUUUCUUCUUGCCCUAUGCUCCAUCUGUAGACUAUAAUAGAGGUGAGUAGAGGUGGUUUUAUGGCCUUUAAAAAGAAAAUGGCAAUCUUCCGUCUUUUUUUUUCCUCCUGCGGACUGUCAACCGCUCCCCAGCACGUCGGCGCAUGGCGAGCGGCAGUGUGUUAAGAAGAGCCACUGACAGGGACUGUGCUCUCUUCACUGUCGGGGCCGCGUGACCGCUCGCCUCUGUACGCCUCUGGCUGGGACCGCUCGACUGCGUCCCCUCCACAGACACAAAAACAUACAGGCUCUGUGACACAACUGGAACGGACAUGAAAGGAACACACACACAAAAGAACCGCAACAGACGCUUGCGGUCGCACCUCUGAAGUCGCACAUGAACUUUUGCCGCCACUAAAAAAAACAAAACAAUAAAAAAAGACUCGUCACUUAGCCAGCUUAGCCUAAGUAGUUAGCACAACUGCGGGGUCACUGCUCGCUAUUAAAAUCCCAGGACAAGGGAAUACCUUGCAAUAAUACAGUAAUUACAAUAAAGUACGUUCAUACAGUAUAUUGUCUAUUUUCUGUUACACGAGGACAAUUGAUGAUUUACCCAAUUGACUGCUAAUGAGAGAAUUCUGGCUGUUGGUCAGCUAGCAUUAGCGGUUGCCUUCAUAAAUGCUAUACUUUUAUUAUUCUUGAGAGCAGACUUACAUAUUUUUAAAGUGACUAUUUCUUGAGGCCGCACUAGUCUCUUCAAAAUUUACAGAUCUCCAGACAAUUGAUUUCUUUGUUAAAAUAGAAAUCGUUUUGCAAUUUUGGUUUUGAUUUGAACACGCAAUGUGAAGUAAACGUUCCAUUCAUCCGUUUUCUUUCCCACUUAAAGGGGAAUUCCAGUAAUUUGCAUUAACAAUGUAGCCAAUAAGUCAGGGAAUAUGUACUCUAUCUUGAUAGUGUGA